AUUUUUUCGAUUCUCUGAGAGUGAAAUUAAUUUUUUAACAUGGCCGAAGCAUCGACCGCUGUCGAGACGUCUGAUUUUUAAAACGUGCAUUUAUAAAUAUAAUUUAUUGUUUUAGUGCUGCGAGUGUUUAAUUGAGAAUAAAUAAAUAUCUUCAUUGCUGUAAAUAUCAAAAAAGGAGAUUUUUGGCGACUCAAAUAUUUGCGCACAAUUUUAAAAAUGUCUAAACGUGGAGAUAAUCCACCAAGUGAUGACGAUUCUGAUUUUGAUGAUGAUGAAGACCCUGACAACUUGGAAGUUCCAGGUGGAGGUAAGACAUUGGCAGCAGCAGCAAGGCUUGGAGAUAAAGUGAAGAUGCCGGCUCCUGCACCGGUCAUGAUCAAACCCACAACAAAUCCACUUGCAGCACCAUCUGGAUUAGCAUUUGGACAAUCAUCAAAUGUUAAGCCAAUCAGAAUAUCAGCGAGCUCAUUGACUAAACCUAUCAAUAUUGGUAUUGGGAGAGGCAGGGGAAUGCCAGCAAUGGGGAUGCCUGGCACUUCGGCCCUCAAUGCGGUGUCGCUGCUUGCACAGAUGGAAAUGGCGGGAAUGCAAGGUUUGAAUCCGUACUGGCUACAGAAUCUCAAUCAGUUCCUGGCGUCGGGUAUGGGAGGCCCGCUAGCUGGCAUGUAUGGUCAGUUGGGACAACUGGGACAGCUGAACCAGUUGGCAGCCUGGACGAACAAGGGAAUGUGGCAGCAACAGGAGAAGAUGGGCGGCGAGGAGGAGGAAGUGGAUGAUGAGGAAAUGGGCGUGGCCGAGACGUACGCUGACUACAUGCCCACUAAGCUGAAGAUUGGCCGCAAGCACCCGGACCCGGUGGUGGAGACGGCGUCGCUGUCGUCGGUGGAGCCGGUGGACGUGACGUACAAGCUGGCGCUGCCCGAGGACACGAUCCGCUCGGGCGCCUUGUCCGCGCUGCAGCUGGAGGCCGUCGUGUACACGGCGCAGGCGCACGAGCACACGCUGCCCGACGGCACGCGCGCCGGCUUCCUGAUUGGAGACGGCGCGGGCGUGGGCAAGGGCCGCACAAUCGCAGGCAUCAUCUUCGAGAAUUACAUGCGAAACCGACGUCGCGCCAUCUGGGUGUCGGUCUCCAACGACCUCAAGUACGAUGCCGAGCGUGACCUGCGGGAUAUCGGCGCCAACUGCAUCGACGUGCACUCGCUGAGUAAGUUUAAAUACGCGAAGAUAUCGAGCGGUGUCAAUAGUAACGUGAAGAAGGGCGUGAUAUUCUGCACAUACUCUGCGCUGAUUGGUGAGACGUCCGCCAAUACCAAGUAUCGCACUCGUCUCAAGCAACUGUUGCAGUGGUGCGGCGAGGACUUCGAUGGACUCAUCGUGUUCGACGAGUGCCACAAGGCCAAGAACUUGUGCCCGGUGGGGUCGGGCAAGGCCACCAAGACGGGGCUGACGGCGCUGGAGCUGCAGACCAAGUUGCCGCGCGCGCGGGUCGUGUACGCGUCCGCCACGGGCGCGUCCGAGCCGCGCAACAUGGCCUACAUGGUGCGGCUGGGCAUCUGGGGCGACGGCACGCCCUUCCCCACCUUCAUGGACUUCAUCAACGCCGUGGAGAAGAGAGGCGUGGGUGCCAUGGAGAUUGUGGCGAUGGACAUGAAGAUGCGUGGCAUGUACAUUGCCCGCCAGCUCAGCUUCCACGGAGUCUCGUUCAAGAUCGAAGAGGUGCCCCUCAGCGACUCCUUCAAGGAUACCUACGACAAGGCCGUGGCCCUGUGGGUGGAAGCUAUGCAGCGUUUCACCGAGGCGGCCGAACUCAUAGACGCUGAGGCCCGGAUGAAGAAGACCAUGUGGGGACAGUUCUGGUCGGCUCACCAACGCUUCUUCAAGUACCUCUGCAUUGCAGCGAAGGUGAAUCACGCGGUGGUGACUGCCCGCGAGGCUGUGAAGUGCGGCAAAUGUGUCGUGAUCGGUCUGCAGUCGACGGGGGAGGCGCGCACACUGGAGCAGCUCGAGCGGGAUGACGGCGAGCUCAACGACUUUGUGUCUACCGCCAAGGGCGUUUUUCAAACACUGGUGGAGAAGCACUUCCCCGCUCCGGACCGCGAGCGUAUCAACCGCCUGCUGGGAAUCGAACCCAAGGCCAGGCAGAGUCCGGCCGCUAGUAACGGUAACGCGACCCGUGCCACUGCGGCUCCCGUACCCGCAAGCAACGGCGACGAUGACGCCAACACGUCCAAGAGAAAACUGACGUCACGGCAGCAAGCGAACGUAGCAGCAAAACGCGCUCGCGGCGGUUCCUCGAGCGACGAGUUUGUCCGCGGCUCGGACGAUGACAUCGAGGAGCCCGAAUCCGAUGAGGACCGGCCACACUCGGACUCCGACUUGAGUGACUUCAACCCGUUCCGCGCUGGCAGCGACAGCGAUGAUGAUCCAUGGGUCGGUCUGGGGCGUAAAAAGAAACAGACGAAAAAGAAGAAACUUUCGACACCAAAAAAGAAAGUUUCCACACAGGAUAAGAUCGAGACAAUGUUCGAAAAGAAGAAUACCUCGCCAGCCAGCACGGUCACCGUGACAACGCCCGGUGGCCACAAUUUGACCGGCACGCCCGUCGGCACCAACGGACUCUAUCUGGGCGGCGCGCGGAAGCAGCCUCCGCCGCGGUCGGCCAUCGAGCGCGCCUGCAGCAUGAAGGAGGAGCUGCUGGCCAGCAUCGAGCGGCUGGCGCGGCGCCUGCCGCCCAACACGCUGGACCAGCUGGUGGACGAGCUGGGGGGCACCGACAACGUGGCCGAGAUGACGGGUCGGAAAGGUCGCGUGGUACAAACGGAAGACGGUCAGAUAGUGUACGAGAGCCGUGCCGAGGCCGAUAUUCCGUUGGAAACACUCAAUUUGGCGGAGAAGAAGCGCUUCAUGGACGGCGAGAAAGAUGUCGCCAUCAUAUCCGAGGCGGCAUCGAGUGGUAUCUCGCUGCAGAGUGACAGGAGAGCGCGCAAUCAGAGGCGGAGGGUUCACAUUACGUUGGAGCUGCCAUGGUCUGCGGACAGGGCGAUACAACAGUUUGGUCGCACGCACAGAUCCAACCAAGUGAACGCGCCCGAAUACAUCUUCCUAAUUUCCGACCUGGCCGGUGAGCGCCGGUUCGCGUCCACGGUCGCCAAGCGGCUGGAGUCUCUAGGAGCGCUCACGCACGGCGACCGGCGCGCGACCGAGACUCGUGACCUCAGCCAGUUCAACAUCGACAACAAAUACGGUCGCACCGCGCUCGAGGCGGUGAUGAAGGCCAUCAUGAAAUACGAGACGCCGCUGGUGGCGCCGCCCAAGGACUACCGCGGCGACUUCUUCCAGGACCUGGCGUCCGCGCUCGUCGGCGUGGGGCUCAUCAUCAACAGCGAGCAUCAGCCCGGCGUGCUGGCGCUAGACAAGGAUUACAACAACAUGUCAAAAUUCCUGAACAGGAUACUGGGCAUGCCGGUGGAACUGCAGAACAGGCUGUUCAAAUACUUCACCGACACACUGGCUGCUGUUAUGGAACAAGCCAAGCGCAGCGGCCGCUUUGACCUCGGCAUCCUGGACCUGGGCAGCGCGGGCGAGUGCGUGCGCCGCGUGCGCUGCGUGCGCUUCCUGCGCCGGCACGCCACCGGCACGGCGCCCGUCGAGCUGCACACCGUGUGCUGCGAGCGCGGUCUGGACUGGCUGGAUGCAUUGGAAAAGAGCGAAGAGUGUGUCGGCGCUGAGGGGUUCUACCUUUCGCAGCAGGCCAGAAAUGGCAAGUACACGGCGGUGCUGUGCAUUGCUGCCAACACCACGCGCGAACGGAACGUGCCCGACAAGGACCGCACCUACCAGCUGUACAGGCCAAACACGGGUCUACAGCUCCGCGUGGAGACUCUUGGGGAAAUCGAGAAGAAGUACCGCAAGGUGACGAGCGAUGAAGCGGAGAGCGCAUGGCGCGCGCAGCAUUCUGCUUCCCAGCGUGUCUGCUCACACGCCUACUGGAAAUCCGUGUGCCGGAACGGUGCCGAAUGCGAGGUGGGCCUGCGCGUGCGCACGUACCACGUGCUGUCGGGGUCGGUGCUGGCCGUGUGGGCCCGCGUGGAGGCGGCGCUGGCGGCUCGCUCGGCCGCGCACAAGAUGCAGGUGGUGCGGCUGAAGACGGACGACGGCCGCAAGAUAGUGGGUACGCUUAUACCAAAGAAUUGUGUCGACUCACUGAAGGAAACGCUCUCUUCCGACGCAGUGUCCGUCACAGAGCACAAGUUCGACAACAUAGACUUAAAGUGAGCGCUCGCACCAUGUAAAUAGUGUUCAUGUUAGCUUAGCGCCCCCGAAACAGUUCCUCUAUAUUUCGCGGCGAUACCGUAAGGGACCAUGUUGGAUAUACGAUACGGUGUAAGAAGUAGGUAGGGAGAGAAUGCAAUGGCCCCGAUGGGUGAUGAUUUUACUUGAGAGGGUUUUGUGUAGUAGUGAAUUAGUCAAGCAUGUUUCGAUGGUGAGAUUUCAGACCGAUAUUUGCUUCAAGCAUGUGAUGUCAAGGGAGCAUUUCAAAGAUAAGAUUAUCGAAAUGCACUGACAAGGGUUGCUUGUAGCACAGUCAGUAGCCAGUAUUUGUUUAUAUGUCUUGAUGUAUUCGUUGUGGUUUUUUUUUAUUUAUUUAAAACAAAUGAUGGUGCGUUUGUUUUUGAUGUACCUACAGGUAAUUUCAAUAAAACAGGCACGCUGACAGAUGCCAUAACAUAAAUAAUAGUAAAUUUAAUACAAUCAUAAUUUCUAACAUGCCCAUAAGCGCGACUCAAGGCCGCGCGCGAGUUUUCGUUUUUCGCAAUGCGUACUCACUACGCACACAGUGUGGUGUCAUACCGUUAUAUUAUGUGUGUUUGUACGUGUCCGCUUUAGUUAACUUAUGUAUACAACGUUCUAUGGAACGGCGGAUGUCGCGACCGCUUCCAUGUGUGCCAAGCAACACACCAGUACACGACUGAAAAAUCACUGUUUUAAAUUUAAAUAUUCAGUUAAUGUUUCACGACUCUAGGACGUCCCGUCUUUUUUCAUUUGUUCAGAAGCUCAUAGGUGUAUAAAUUAUUAUGCGUAUUUUUAAUUUACUAAAAAUUAUUUAAAUGUACUAUUCUUGUACAUACGAGUACAUAACAUAUAUUUCGAAUAAUCUCACGAAAGAAUACCUGGAGCUGUAUUCCUGUCGUGGCAGCACACAUAAGUUUUAUCCGCCUUUUAAUUAUUUAAGUCCGACAUAAUUUUUUUUUUUUUAUAUAUGAAAGUUAUCCUUAUACAUAUGAAUUUGGAUGCGUAUAAUAGGCAUUGUAAUAAGGGUACAUGUAAUUUAUUUCUGUCGUAAACGUUAGCUAAUAUUAUGUUAACAAUGAGUUUGUGGAGAACGCGUAUUGUGGUAAUAAUACACAGCAUUAACAUAGUAAUUUUACAUAAGUAGGGACAAACGUGUAUUUACAUACAUUAGUUCAAGUUCCUUUGUGUAUUUAUAAUGAACUGGGUUAACUUACAAUUGAAAUCGGUAUUUACCAACGUGUCUAUAUUAAAAAAAAAUACAUGCAUUGAUCAUGAACCUCGAAGCAUAUGAAGUCCUGGAUGCCUGAAGACCUGUUGCUAGGUUGACACAUGAUUACAUUACUAUUGAUGAAAUACAUUACUAUUACCGCUACCAUAUUUAUGUUCUCCUGGUGUCUUCAUAGUAAUAUGUGGUGCGCAUGACGUCAGAAUAAAUUAAGGUACACUCGCGUCAUACAUAAGACGAUCACUUCUUCAACUAUGAUCGCCUGCUUCCUAUCUCAUUUUCUCCUACGUUAAAUCUUAUGUAUUUAUGUGUCUGCCUCUUUUUCGUUUAAAUGACUUUCAAAUCACAACGAUACUAAAGUUUUCACUUCAAAAAUUUCGUCGUAUUUGCUAUUUCUGUAAAUCUUAAAACGAAACGAUAAGAUUGAGAGGUAUCAUCAUAUUGUGUUCUUGCAUUAUUGACAUCACAAAAUUGUGUAAAUAGAUACAAUAUUUAUUAUAUAAUGCAACUUGUAUGUCCUGUUCGGUCGGAAAUGCCGAUUAGCUUAGAUUACGAUUAGUUUAUUACACUAAAUUAUAACUGAAAAAUAAUGACAAUACAAUCAAUACAAGAAACAGACCAAUCAGGGACGGCCUCAUAAACUAACGGCCAGUAAAAUUGUCAAAUAACAUUGUCUUACGGCCGUUUCCAAUAUUCAGUCUAUCUCUUACUUUAUAUAAAAAACGUAACUAUCGUUGACUUUUCUGUCCCAAUAAACUUAUCGACUGUAACUCACCUUAUCCGUACACGCUCUCUGUCAAUGGGACGACGUAUAGCUUACCAGCUGCAGCGAUAGAAGUUUGUAUGGCAAUUUCAAUUCACACGUCCCAAUGUAAGGCGAUAAGAAUGACUUAUCGGGUAUAUUGGGACAGCUUCAGAUCAUUGCCAGCUAAUUACUGACGUUAGAAGGUAGUAAUUUAUCUCUAUCUGUAGAUAGUAUAUUGGGAACGGCUAUUACAAUAUCACUAUAGUAUAUCCGUGACAUUGCAAUUUCACUAAAACCAGGCCUCUAAAAUGUAGGAAAUGAAGUCGAUUGACAAUCUACCGUUUUACACUCCCACCGCAGUGUUCAGUCACGGUUUUAUAAGAAAUCGACAAAACGAAAAUAGUUGAGAACUUCAGCAAUGUUACAGUUUUGAAUAAGCUGUAUUCAACUUUAUAAUGUUUAAAUUUAACAUACUUAAAUUAUAAAUUAUUAUUAUUGGUUUAAAAUUUAAUGACGAUGAGAGGUUUACAAUGUGUGGCAUUUUUAUUAUUUUGACCAAAGAUGAUGCAUUACUUAGAUUUUUUCCAUGCAUGGUAUGGUGUUACCAUAUAGGUACCUAGAAUGAUACUGUUUAAAUUCAAAAUGACUGACUCCUUGAAUACUUAAAAAAUGCCAGAUAGACAUAAGAUGUACAAUAAAUAUUGCACUGUAACUACGUAAUAAUACUAUUACAACACUAUUAAUUGAUGAUCAUAUAAAAUAAUUGUUGACCUUUACAAUGAUGAAUGCUUAGAUUAUUUUUACAUCUAGAUAGACUAUGACAGCUGUGGAAACGUGGAAAAAAAUUUAGUUUAGAACUAACUUCUAUUUUGAGCAAUUCACGUACACUAAAACAAAGUGUCAUUCGAAUCUCGAGUGUAAGACAUAGACACAAGCUUGUCACGCACACUAAACUAAUAUUACUGCCCUGUUUUUAUCGGUUCUCUAACAGCAAGAGACUAUCUAGAUGUAUAAAUUAUCUAAGCAUGAAUGCAUAUUUUAUUAUAUUCAAUAUAUUUAGCUUUUAUAACGAUGAAUUAAUAUUCUUAGCCGAAAUUGGUACAACUACAGAAAUAUGUGUAUUACACUCAAAACAAAUUAUUUGACAUGAUAGUGAAACGCACGUCAAUUAACCAUAGUUAAUUUUGAAACAUAAGUAUAAAUAGAUUUUAUAAGCUAUAAAUAAAUAAAAAACAACUUGAAUAAAACUGAUUAUUUCGAACUGAUAAUUAAGGUUCCUUCAAAUUAUUUAAAUAAGGCUUAUUGACCACGACAUGUUUCCGCCAUACCAUUGUGAUUUUAAGUUGAACCAUGUAGGUUUCAGACCACUGUACACUUUUCUAUUGUAUUUUUUUAUGCAAUAUUAGUUUUAAAUUUUCUUAUUGUAUACGAUUAAGCAAUCUAUGAUUUAUUUGUACAAAGCUUGAGUUUAUUUUAAGUUUUAGUGUAUUUUUAACAUAAUUAGUUAGAAAAAAAAACAACAUUGGUGUUGCCAACUUUUCGAAUUGCUUAGGAAUAAGAGACUUGGUGCGUAUGUAUUGGUGCGAGGUGUGUACAAAGACUUGAUACGUACAGAACAUGUACUAGGAGCUCAUAAACCUGCGCGGAUUUUUAUCGAAUAACUUGCGGCCCGCACAUAGUUAUUGGUUUUAAGUGUAUAAGUAACAGUGUAGGUCUGUCAAGUUGUAAGUACACGCUUCGUCCUCGGUAUUGGUUGCCCAUAGAUGGUUCUGUACCAUACAUAUUGGUAUUCUGAUACAACUAGUCGAUGUAACUUACUUUGUUUCUUCUUAGCGUCAUCAUAAAUAUGUGAUCUCUAAGCUCUGUGUUAUAAUGUGCUAUGUGUUAAAGUAUAGAGUAGUCGUUCAAAACUGUCACUUUUAUGUAACAGGUCUAUUUGUAUAAAGACAAAUAAAUGUGUAUAUAAAGUA